AUGCAUGAGCAAGCAAAUGCCAUAAACACUUACAAAAGGCCUUUUAAUUCUCCGUACUCUGAGACAUACAACCCAAGGUGGAGGAAUCACCCCAAUUUUAGUUGGAGACAGGAGAAUAAUGCACCAACACCACCUCAAGAGUCCUCUAACUUUGUUCCUUAUGUUUCCCCACAUAAGAGGACUCUUGAGGAUACGUUGCAAACAUUCAUGAGUGGAAAGGAGGUAAACAAAGAAAUUCCAACAAAGGUUUUAGAACCCAAGGGAAAUUUAGAAACCAAGGAUGAUGACAAGCCUAGUAAGGUUGAGAAUGUUGAGGAAAGAGUGUACAAGCCUGUUGCCCCAUUCCCCCAAAGGUUGCUUGCACCUAAAAAGGGGACAACAAAUCAAGAUGUUUUGGAAGUGUUCAAACAGAAUGCGUUUUUAACAGAGCAGGUAAGUUCGAUAAUUCAGCAGAAAAUCCCUUUCAAGCAAAAAGACCCUGGAUCACCCACUAUCUCAUGCAUCAUCGGUGAUUCUAAGAUUGAUAAAGCAUUGAUUGAUUUAGGAUUUGGUGUCAAUUUACUACCCUACUCAGUUUCUAAGCAGUUAGGUCUUGAUACAAAGCUUGUUGCACCAUCUAGCAUUGACGUUCCUGUCAUUUUAGGACGACCAUUUUUAGCUAUUUCUAAUACUUUGAUUAAUUGCAGGAAUGGAAUCAUGGAGCUUACAUUUGGAAAUAUGACCGUUGAGUUGAACAUCUUCAACAUUUAUAAGCAACCUGCCAUUGAUGAUGAGGAGGAAAUUGUUGAGGUAGACAUGAUCCAAAAUUUGGUGGAAAGUAAACUUGCUCAUUAUAUGAUUUCUAAUCCUAUAGAGGCAUGUUUACUGAAUCCCAACAGUGAUGAUAUAGAAUUGGACAGGGCUAAUGAUAUUUUGGAUGCUAAUCCAAUGAUGGACACUAAUGGAUGGAACCCAUGUUUUGAGGACUUGUACAGUCCCAUUAAAACUCAUCCAUCUAAUUUCAAAGCACCGAAAAUUGAAAAACCAAAAACUGGCAAUGCUUUUAAAGAAAAAUAUUUGAAAUCAUUUUUUGAAAAUUUUGAGCUUAAGGAUGAGUCUUUUGAUCUGAGACUAAAGGAGAAGCUACUGGAGACACAACUACAGUUGGAGAAGGUCACCGAUGAAAAACUGACUCAUAUGCUGUCAAUCCAGAAGAGCCCAGCAAACAAGACUGGACUCGAGUAUGUAGCUCCUCCUUUUGAUAUUCCCUUUACUUCUAGGACUGUCUUUGUGAAGCCCACAGUCCUCAAGCCUCCACCCACUGUCAUGGAUAAAAAGAAGGACAAAUCAAUGGAGAUGUUCCGAUCACUCAAAAACUCCCUACCAUCAGAAGAUCUCCCAUAUGCCACCACUUCGGAUUAA